ACUGUGUGAAAUUUUUGAAAAAAUAAAAAGAUAAACGUUUUAAUUGUUGUCUGUUGUGGCAAAAUCACUGUGUCAGGUGGACAAAGUAUUUCCCUGAAAUUCCAAAUGACUUCUGUGCGCUGAUUGGCUGCUCAGCUCUGACCCCUGGUGUGCUGGACCUGUUGGAUAAAAAGGGAAUUUCUACAGGGAUCAGGAGCAUUGCACAUUGGAGAGUGCACUUGGGACCAAGUUGAAAAAAAAAAUAGUCAGGGAAUAUAAUCAUAGAAAUCAUGACAGGGAAGGAAGGGGUCGUAUUAUCAGAAAGCUUCAACAAACCCAGAACUGCAUCGCCCGCUCAGAAUGUGGGGACUAACCACCAGCCCAAGAUCAAUUCUGCACACACUCCCAGGUGUACAGGAUUUGGGAUCCAAGAAAUAUUGGGGUUGAAUAAAGAGCCCCCCUCCGUCCCCAGGACAGUCCUGGAGUCCCUGCCGCCUGGGGCUCACCUGCUGGCGGCCAGGUCGGUGCUGAGCCCCGCUGGGGUGGGGAUGGGGAUGGGAUUAAUCGGAGCUGGAGGUAUCCCCGCUUUUUACAGCCAGCCUGCUUUUUUGGAAGUCCUGUCAGACCAGCAAAAUAUCCACCUGCAGUCCCUGAACAGGACAGCUCCUUUGAACGCCAGCCAGACAGCCAGCACAGAUUCGGAAGAUGUUUCCUCAAAUGAAAGAAAACUGUCUAAAUCUUCUAUGAGUCAGAGCAAGAAAAGAAAGAAGAGGCGACACAGAACCAUUUUCACCUCUUAUCAACUGGAGGAGUUAGAAAAAGCCUUCAACGAAGCCCACUACCCGGACGUGUACGCCAGAGAGAUGCUAGCAAUGAAAACAGAACUACCUGAAGACCGGAUCCAGGUCUGGUUCCAGAACCGGCGCGCCAAGUGGAGGAAGCGCGAGAAGUGCUGGGGGCGCAGCAGCGUGAUGGCAGAGUACGGGCUGUACGGAGCCAUGGUGCGGCACUCCAUCCCGCUGCCAGAAUCCAUCCUCAAGUCUGCCAAGGACGGCGUCAUGGACUCCUGCGCCCCCUGGCUGCUCGUUCAAGAUGGCUUUCCAAUGACCAGACGCUUUUCUAAAUCCGAAUACCCACAAUUCUUUUUAGGAAUGCACAAAAAGUCGAUGGAGACGGUGGAGACCCCGCCCGCAGGGAAAGCCGAAGAGGCUCCGCAGCCGACCAAUCCCAAACAGGAGGAGCGGGAGGUGGAGGAGAGGAGGACAGAUGCCAAGUCACCCAUUUCCAAAGAGGAACUGCGGGAGAACAGCAUCGCUGCACUCAGGGCAAAAGCACAGCAGCACAGUGCUAAAGUGCUGGGGACUGUUUCAAGUGACGCACCAGGGCGCAAAAUGGAGACAGAGGAAGCAGAGGAGAAAAGCAGAGAUCAGUUAAAUCCACCAGAAGAGGAAUAAAUGUUACCUUUUUUUAUAAAAAGAAUGAAAAAGAAGACUUUUAGUUCUUUAAAGGCUUAUCUUUUAGAACCUGGCAGUAUUUGAAAUCUAACUUUGAACUUUGUUAUCAGACUCAUAAAAACUCUAUGUGCUUGCUUUGACGUGUUCAAUAUGAUAUCAGUUUGUUUUGUUCCCCUCCAAUUCCCUUCAUUGUUGAUUCAGUCCAGCUGGUAUAUUUCAGUAACUCAAUAUUGUGGAGUAGAGGUAUAAGGAAAAUACAGAUUUGACUUUCCCUUUAAGAGAAAAUGUGAUAUUUUAACAUGCCUCUAGGUGGUGCCAAUUGAUCAUCUUUUUUUUUUUUUUUUAAAGGGGAGGCAAUUUUAGCCACAGUAUUCAGUUUGUUGCACAUCCUUACAGUGGGGUAUUGACCCCUUUAUUUUGCACUUAUUUGAUUGGUUAAUUUCAAACUCAUCAAUACAAAAAAAAAGUAAUUCACGUGCCUCUUUUAAAUGCAAAAUACUCUACAGUAGUUCAUGUUAACAUUGUUCUACACAUUAAGAAAUGUAGAUCAAACAUCUGAAUUUGGAAAACAACUUGUUUUAAACAAUUGUUGCUUAUUAACCAAAUAAACUUGGAAACUGAAGGGUAGCAAUCUUUUACAUUUUCACUUUCUUGUUCUUAGUGUAGUGAUGACAAGAAUGAUCAUGUAAAGAGAAGACUUCUCAUAAGUAGCAGAUACGUAGAUAUCUGCACAUCCCAAUACGCCAAUGACAUCGAUUUGGAGUAUUUGCAUUGAUAAGAUAGGAGGUGUCAAUACUGUUGAGCCCCAAUGUAUUCACUGGUAGCUUUGAAGCUAUACAAAUAGAUUCCGCUACACCUGGCUUCUUCACUUGCAGUGACAGGAAGGUAGCUCACCCAGAUCAGCUAAAACCUGCUUUAGCAGCAGUUCUAGAAACUCACAGCUGGAAUACUAGGUAGAUGUUUGUGCACAUGUGUUUAAGGUCAGAAAUCAAAUGUUACAGAACCAACAGCCCACAGUUUUGAACUACAGGGAGAGUAGAAAACAUUCUAGUCUUGGCUACAGUCAUAGCGCUUGGCAACGAAUAAAGUAGUCGUGUUCAUCAGUGUCAGCCUUUCCUCUAAAGAGCACUUAGAAAUAUUGUUAGGAGUGCUUCUCAGGGGUCCUUCUCUCCACUCUCCCUAUCUCCUCGCUUCAUUGUCAUGAAAUCAUGUUCUUUAUUUCUGUAAAAGACAAACAGUAGUUACCUAGCAGUAUUAGAAUGUAAAUAUUGUAAAUAAAUCAAGGAAAACAAAUAAAACAUUACUUCCGGAGUGUUUCACAUUAAAAUGUACUGUAAUGUAGUUAAAAGAUCAAAAAAAGAAAUCUGUGUUUUCUGUUCCAGUUUUUUUCUUGUACGAUAAAAAAAUACAUUAAAUAAACAGUGUAGCGUUUAUUUAGA